CUUCGUGAACCUCGGAAACCCUGCUGAUAUUUGUUCCAAAUGAUUUCUACUCAUAUACAUACGCUCUUUAGGUUUUCGCAAACCGUGAGUCACUUUUUACUCUAAAUUCCCUUAUGCUUGACUUAUUCACUUUAUUUCACGGGUUUAUGGAAACUACUCUUAAUUCGGUUGAGAUUAAAGCUAAAGUAAUAGCCAUGUUCGUGUAAAUGAACUGAGCUCAAUGCUUCCCACCAAAUUAAUCAAGAAAAAGUAAUUAAGAAAAUUGCAUGCCAAACACACAAAGGAUAACUUUUCAAAGAUAUAAUAAUAUUUUACCAGUUGGAGAGAUUCCUUGGAAGAGAUUACCUUACAGGCGUUUGUUACGUUACAAAUCAAGUCAAACCGCUUUUCUUAAGUCCGCGACUUUACAAUGUCGGACACAAGCUGGAAGGAUUUCUUGGGAAAUACCAGCUUACACGGCGUUCGCUACCUUACAGAAAACAGCUUUAUUCGUAGAGUUAUCUGGCUGCUUGUUGUUUUAGCAGCUUUUUGUGGAUUUGGUUACCAGCUUUACAAAUCGAUCACUUUUUACUAUGAAUGGCCCACUGUAACGGCAAUGACGACAGAAUGGGACGAAGAGCUGGAUUUCCCAGCAGUAACAAUAUGUAACCUGAACACUCUAAGCAAAGAAAACUUUGUUAAAGCACGAAAACGUUAUAAAAGCGAUGCAACAACAGAACAGCUAGAAAAAGAAGUCGAAACAUUUACUUUUUUCAUGUCCGCUCCUCUAAACGAAAAUGCAAAGUCAAAGUUGCUUAACGAUUUUUUCGAAAACAGCACAUCUUAUAGGGAGAGAGGAAAUUUUGUAAAUAAAUCGUUAAAUGAUUUCUCGCACUCCAUUGAUGGGAUUCUAUCCAUAAAAUGGCUUAGACCUUGUCAAUUUAGCGGCGAGGAUUGCGACAGGAAAAACUUUUCUUCAUUUGUGGAUCUUAACUUUGGUCUUUGUCAUACGUUCAACUCUGGUAAAAAAGAAGAAAACGCGUUGAAGGUGGAAAGCCUUGGACCAAACAAUGGGUUACGACUGAGACUGAAUGUUCAACAAGAAGAUCAUGUUAGUAAUUUCUACUGGCUUCCGGCUGGUUUCAAAGUUCUCGUUCAUGACCGUAAAGAAUAUCCGAUUAUGGAACAAACUGGGUUUGCUCUGCAGCCAGGAACGCAUACCUUCUGUUCGACGAAAUUGAAAAAGUACAAAAACUUGCCUACACCCUAUAAUACCAAAUGUGGGGAAAACAUCACUGAUUUCAACCGAUACUUCAGCGUGAACUACUCCAUGUCUACGUGCGGCAAACAGUGCCUCCAUGAUUACGGAAUCAAGAAAUGCGGUUGUCAGCCAAUCUACCCAAUCACAAAGGGUGUCCCACUUUGCGCAUUAAACGACACAUUCGAGUGCAUUUAUCCGACAUAUUAUGGAAAGUUUCCUCGCGAGGCGGCAGAAUGCUUCAAAAAGUAUUGCCCUGUGCCGUGCGACUACACCAAGUACGAGACCAAGCUGUCUUACGCAUCGGCGAUAAGCAACGCUCUCGCAAGAAGUCUUCCCACUCACCUCACAGAAAGCAAGGAUGUAGCCGAUGCAUUCAGUGACAUUCAGAACAUGACAGAGCAGGAGCGGAAGAGAUUUUUCAGAGAAAAUGUCGCCACUCUUGAUGUGUACUUUGAGGAGCUCAGUUAUGACAAAAUUGAGCAGAAACCUUCUUUUGACAGCUGGUCACUUAUAGGGAAUAUCGGAGGCUACCUCGGCCUGUUCCUGGGUAUGAGCGUGCUAACAGUCAUGGAAUUCCUUGACCUUCUUGUAAUAAAAUUUCUCAAUAGGAUCUCUGGAACAAAGACUAGAGUCACUACUAUUCAAGUUGGGUCAUAAGGACAACUGUUUUAUACAAUUAUUUUAAAGCUGGGACUUAAUUUUUAAGUCCAAACCCUUGGCAGGAUGCUUAAAUUCCACGAUCACAUUUAGAUAGAGAUUAUGUUUGUUAUAAGGCAAAAUAUUGUAAAACAAUAUUUAAAUCAGCCAUAUAAAUAUGUUUUUCGAGC